AUGCAUUUCACCGUGAUAGUACCACUGGUGCUGUCCAUAGUGGCCUUCGUCCUCUCCUUCCUGGCACUCUUCGCCGGCCACAAGGAGGGUUUCAUGGAGGAUUACGACGUCGUCCGCCUCAACAUGUCGACCCUGGGCUACAACCUGAUCCCCACCGCCACCGAAGAAGCCGACCCGGCGUCGACCACGGACGGCUUCCUCGACAGGUUCGUCGACGGCGUCAGCGACCGCGUGUCUGAUAUCAUCAACGACAUUGGCAACGACGUUGCCGACCGCCUCGCCGACGAGCUGGGCGUCUCUGAGUGGUACUCGCUGCACCUCAUGGACGUAUGCCAGGGCGACUUCGCCCCCAACGUGACGGCGCCCAACGCCUGGCUGAACGUCACCAACUGCACUCAGCCGUCUCCUGGUCCCAACGUCAACCUCACCAGGAUGCUGGACCAGGAGCUCUCGAUCGGUCCCCUGCGCCUGAGCCUCGCCGACCUCAACUGGCCCGACACCAUCGAGGACACCCUGGACAAGGUCAACAAGUUCCUCCUCGCCAUCUGGGUCCUUUACGUCUUGGGCAUCGCUUUCUCCGGCCUCGCUGUCCUCGGCUCCCUUGCGGCCUUCUUCCUCGGCUUCAAGAAGCGCACGACGGUGACCAACUUCGUCUUCGCCAUCCUGGCCGCCCUCGUCCUAUUUGCUGGCAGUCUCAUCACGACCAUCGGCGCAAAGGAGGGCGCCAAGCAGAUCACAGACAUUGGCGAGGACAUUGGCAUCUCGGCUGAGGCCGGACAGAAGUUUAUGAUCAUUUCGUGGGUCGCAUUCGCCGUCAUGUUCGCAGCCGCCGUCUACUGGGUUACGCAGUUCUGCGUCGAGAGGCGAUCGACUCGCAGGCGUGGUUUCAGCGAGAAGCGUCGCCACCAGAAGGGCAGCUUUUAA